UCGAAAAUCAACUCCCAUAGCGGUGACUGAUGAGAAAACUCACAAAUAAACCCUAAUCCCAAAAUAUCACAAUCCGAUUUAUUAAUGAAUAAAGAAUAGAGUAAUUCCCAAAAUAUUCCUUGAUCAAAUUCGUUUUUACGGAACCCUGAAGGCAGCAAGUAUUUAUUUGGUUAUCUUCUACACGAAACCUGUGGUGGUUGCGGAUUCUCGAUUUCGCUUUCAGAUUGGUUUUGCAGCAGCAGGAGAAGAGAAUGGUUGAUCCAUUUCAAGCAGGCUUUGAUGGUUUGCGCUAGCUACUAUUCCAUGUCUUUGUUAGGGGGGCUAAGAAAAAGUUCUUGGUCCCCCAAUGUUUGAGGUGCAAGCUGAGACAUGACUACUUUUAUGUGAAAGAUAAUGAGCAAUAGACUACUUUAUAACCCGUUUGUUGGGGGACCUUUCCCAUGCACUUUUAAGCAAAAACUCGUCAAAUCUAAACCACCCAGAAAAGCUUGUCUUCCGCACGCCAAGAAACAUGACUGGAUAUCUCAUGGGAUUCGGUAUUGUGGAGAAAAUGUUGAGAUUUUAUGGAAGAAUAUAGGAUUAAGAAGUGGUUUCGUGGUGAAAUCUGUCAAGGCGCCCUUCGCUAGAAACAAGACUCUCGUAAGGUCAUUGGAGACAGUGUGGGCGGAAGGCUUGUUUGUAUUUAGGUGUUCGGUAUUUUGUGCUGUGGUAUCAGGGGUGUGCUUGUUGUUAUGGUAUGGGCAGCGAAAAGCCAAGACAUUGGUAGAAUCAAAGCUUUUACCUUCGGUUUGUACAGCACUAAGCGGUUAUAUCCAACGUGACCUUCAUUUUGGUAAAGUGAGAAGCAUUUCUCCUUUGAGCAUUACGUUGGAGUCGUGUUCAAUUGGACCUCAUAAGGAAGAGUUCUCAUGUGGUGAGGUCCCCACGCUUAAAUUACGUUUUCAGCCCUUUUCAAGUUUGAGGAGGGGAAAGAUUGUAAUCGAUGCUGUUUUGUGUAAUCCUACGCUGUUGGUUGCACAGAAAAGAAACUAUUCUUGGUUAGGCAUACCCUUUACUGAUGCGGGGGUUUUGCAGAAGCACUUGUCGACUGAAGAAGGUAUCGAUAAUCGUACGAGAACCAGGAGAAUUGCUAGAGAGGAAACAGCAGCCCGUAUGAAUAGAGAAAGAGACGAUGCUGCUCUAGAGGCUGCCAAAACAGGAUAUGUUAUUUCCAAUAAUGAAGUACAAGGGGAAGGUGGUCAUGGUGAUGUUGUGAAUAAAAAUGUAUUUUCGAUGGAUGAGAAACUGCGUUGGCAGGACCACCACUGCAUGGAUGCUGGUGUAGAGUAUGAUAUGAAACAUGCAGAUUUAGAAAAAUCAUUUGGUGUGAAUACACCAGUUGCAGGGGUGAAAUUUUGGUCACCUGGUGGACCGUUAAAGCGUAAAAGAAGGAAAGUGGUUAACGACACUAAUGAUGGUAUAGCUGCCAAAGAAAAAAUUCUGGAGCAGAGUGCAUCAGCAGCACUUGCAUUCUUCCUGGAUCCUAGCCUUGUUGACAAAAAAGACGAGAAUCAGAUUAGGGAAUCAUAUUCUCAUAAUCAAAUAUUACAAGAUGCUGAUCCGGAAAUCUCUGGAUUAGAGAGAAAAUCUCUUCUGGAAGAUGAAGACAUGGAUUCCAAGCAGCAGCUGAGCUCGUCUUUUCAAGGUUCAACUUACGCCAACGACAGGGGCACGGGAGAUCUGUGGUCAUCCUUAAUAGUUGGUCCCAUCCAAAAGAUUAAGUCACUUAUUAUCCCGGAAGUUGAAAACAUUGUUGGUGAGCUUGUUGAGGGGGCUAACGAGGAGAAAACAGUAGGGAUUGAGAAAAUGGUUCCUAUUAUUCUCGAUUCUGUACAUUUUAAAGGUGGAACAUUACUGUUACUUGCAUAUGGUGACAAUGAGCCAAGAGAAAUGGAGAAUGCAAGUGGACAUGUGAAGUUCCAAAAUAAUUACAGUCGCGUGCAUGUACAGUUAAGUGGUAAUUGUAAGAUGUGGAGAUCGGAUGUAACAUCUGAGGAUGGUGGAUGGUUGUCUACAGAUGUUUUUGUGGACAUAUUGGAGCAAAAGUGGCAUGCCAAUCUUAAAGUUGUCAAUCUCUUUGCUCCGCUCUUUGAAAGGAUUCUAGAACUUCCUAUUGCAUUCUAUGAAGGAAGAGCUAGUGGUGAGGUUCACAUAUGCAUGUCAGAAGGAGAAAGUUUCCCAAAUCUUCAUGGGCAGCUUGAUGUGACGGGUUUGGCUUUUCAAAUAUUCGAUGCACCAUCUUCAUUUUCUGAUAUAUCUGCGAGCUUAUGUUUCCGGGCUCAACGUAUAUUUUUACACAACGCGAGUGGUUGGUUUGGCAAGGUUCCUUUAGAGGCUUCUGGAGAUUUUGGAAUUGAACCAGAGGAAGGAGAAUUUCACCUUAUGUGUCAGGUUCCUUCUGUGGAAGUGAAUGAUCUCAUGAAAAGUUUCAAAAUGAAACCUCUAUUGUUUCCGUUGGCAGGGUGUGUGACAGCUGUUUUCAACUGUCAAGGGCCUUUGGAUGCGCCUGUAUUUGUCGGAAGUGGAUUGGUAUCAAGAAAAAUGUCUAGUUGGGUUGCUGAUAAUGAUGUUCCUACAUCAGCAGCUUACGACGCAAUCCUGAAAAAUAAGGAGGCUGGUGCUGUCGCAGCAUUUGACAGAGUCCCCUUGUCUUAUGUAUCAGCCAAUUUCACUUUCAACACUGAUAAUUGCGUUGCAGAUUUAUAUGGAAUCAGAGCUACUCUUGUUGAUGGCGGUGAAAUUCGUGGGGCCGGGAACGCAUGGAUCUGUCCAGAGGGUGAGGUUGAUGACACAGCAAUGGAUGUGAAUUUUUCUGGAAGUUUAUGCUUUGAUAAAAUAAUGGAUCAGUAUGUCCCUGGUUACAAUCAUCUUAUACCCUUUAAAUUAGGGGAUUUGAAUGGAGAAACAAAACUCUCAGGCUCAUUGCUCAAACCGAGAUUCGAUAUUAAGUGGACUGCACCAAAAGCUGAAGGGUCGUUUGGAGAUGCUCGAGGAGAUAUGAUUAUAUCUCAUGAAUUCAUCACCAUUAGUUCUUCAUCGGUUGCUUUUGAAUUGUUUACCAAGGUUGAAACUUCGUAUCCUUAUGAAAACUGGUUAGAUAGGAAAGAAUUGGCUGUGAUUAUUGAAGGAGUGGAAUUGGAUCUACGUAUGCGUGGUUUUGAGAUUUUCAACUUGGUUUCCUCAUCAUUUGCAUUUGAUUCUCUACGCCCAAUUCAUCUUAAAACGACUGGACGAAUCAAGUUUCAAGGAAAAGUUGUUAAGCCUGCUGCUGAUGUGUCAAAGAUUCUUGCUGGUGAUGUUUCAAUCACAGGACUUAAGUUAAAUCAGUUGUUGCUAGCCCCUCAGUUAGCUGGACAGCUCAAAAUUUCACCUGAUUGUAUUAAGUUAGAUGCGACUGGUAGAGCAGAUGAAAGUCUUGCAGUGGAAGUCAGUGGACCUCUGCAAUCUUUUUCUGAGGACAACAUAAUUGGGACGAAGUUGUCAUUUUCUCUUCUGAAGGGACAAUUAAGGGCCAAUGCGUUCUAUCAACCUUUUCAGUCAAUCAAUCUAGAGGUCCGGCAUUUACCACUUGAUGAACUGGAGCUGGCUUCACUUAGAGGAAUGUUACAAAGGGCAGAAGUCCAAAUCAAUUUUGAGAAAAGAAGAGGUCAUGGAAUCUUAUCUCUGCUGCAUCCGAAAUUCAGCGGUGUGUUGGGAGAAGCUCUAGACCUGGCUGCUAGAUGGAGCGGUGACGUUAUAACUGUUGAAAAGGCUGCUUUGAAACAAAGCAAUAGCGAGUAUGAGCUUCAAGGUGAAUACGUAUUGCCUGGUUCAAGAGACGGGAAAAAAGAAAGAAGAAGAAGAGGGAGUGAUAUUGGGAGCGUCAUAUCUUCAAUGGGUCGCUGGAGAAUGAGGCUUGAGGUUCCUCGCGCUGAGAUUGCUGAGAUGCUUCCACUUGCCAGGCUUGUUUCGAGAACUACUGAUCCAGCCCUUCAGUUCAGAUCAAAGGAUCUGUUUAUGCAAAGCAUACAGUCAGUGGGGAUUGCUGCUGAAAGUCUCCAGAAGCUUCUUGAGGAAAUCCGUGGGCAUUCUACUCCGACGGAUGAAGUUAUUCUGGAAGAAUUAAACCUUCCAGGUUUAGCCGAGCUUAAAGGCCGUUGGGGUGGAUCUUUAGACGCAAGUGGCGGAGGCAAUGGUGACACAAUGGCAGAAUUUGAUUUUCAAGGGGAGGAAUGGGAGUGGGGAGCUUAUAAAACUCAGCGUGUCCUAGCAGCAGGUGCAUACAGCAACGACGAUGGGUUGCGCCUUGAGAAAAUGUUCAUUCAAAGAGAUAAUGCGACAAUCCAUGCUGACGGGACUUUGUUGGGGCCAAAAACCAAUUUGCAUUUUGCAGUUCUCAACUUUCCGGUUAGUCUAGUACCUACUCUAGUGCAGGUUCUAGAAUCAUCAGCAAACGAAGCUGCUGUUCAUUCAUUGAGGCAACUUUUAGCACCUAUAAAAGGAAUACUUUACAUGGAAGGAGAUCUUAGAGGAAGUUUAGCGAAACCUGAAUGCGAUGUGCAAGUAAGACUCCUCGAUGGUGCCAUUGGAGGCAUUGAUCUCGGACGCGCUGAAAUUGUUGCGUCUUUGACGUCAACGAGCCGGUUUCUGUUUAAUGCAAAGUUUGAACCUAUCAUACAAAAUGGACAUGUACACGUUCAAGGAAGCAUCCCUCUCAAUAUUUUAUUAGUCCAAGAUGAAGAAAAUCUUGAAAAAGACGAUAAGAAAAAUGAAGAAGCAAGUUGGGCUCCGUGGGGUGUUAAAGGGAAAAACGAUGACAAGAAAGCAGCGUCUUGGAAUGAACAAGGUUGGGAUACGCAGUUGGCAGAGUCUCUUAAAGGUUUGCACUGGAACGUGUUGGAUGUCGGUGAAGUUAGGGUUGAUGCCGAUGUUAAAGACGGUGGCAUGAUGUUGCUAACGGCUUUAUCUCCUUACGCCAACUGGCUCAACGGGAGUGCUGAAGUUAUGCUUCAGGUGAGAGGUACUGUUGAACAACCGAUUGUUGAUGGGUCGGCAUCUUUUCACAGGGCAACGAUAUCUUCACCUAUACUUAGGCAACCGCUAACAAACUUUGGGGGCAUAAUUCUCAUGGACUCUAAUAGAUUAUGCAUCAGAUCUUUGGAAAGUAGGGUUAGCAGAAAAGGGAAGCUGUCGGUGAAAGGUAACCUACCCUUGAGGACAACCGAAGCGUCACUUGCUGAUAAAAUUGACUUAAAAUGCGAAGUUUUGGAAGUACGAGCAAAGAAUAUGUUAAGUGGUCAGGUGGACUCCGAGCUGCAGGUAACGGGGUCUAUACUGCAGCCAAACAUAUCUGGGAACAUCAAAUUGAGCCAUGGAGAAGCUUAUCUACCUCAUGAGAAAGGUGCUGCUGCUAUGAACCGUGAAGCAUCAGAUGCUUCAAGCAUGCCAACUGGGGGAUACAAUCAAGUGGUUGCAUCAAAAUAUGUUUCACGGUUCUUGAAUUUGAAACCCACGGUUUUAAAUACAUCAUUUCAGCAGCCUUCAGGUAAAGAGGCCGAAGUAGUAGUAAAAAAAGGAACGGGACACUUAAAUAGUAAACCAAAAUUGGAUAUCCGGCUGACGGACUUGAAGCUGGUUCUUGGUCCCGAGUUGAGGAUAGUUUAUCCUUUAAUUCUCAACUUUGCUGUGAGUGGUGAGCUUGAACUGAACGGUGUCGCUCACCCCAAGUUAUUAAAACCCAAAGGUGUUUUAAUGUUUGAGAAUGGUGAUGUCAACCUUGUUGCAACACAGGUGCGACUGAAGCGAGAGCAUUUGAAUACUGCCAAGUUUGAGGCUGAUUAUGGAUUAGAUCCGAUGCUGGACUUAGCUUUGGUUGGAUCAGAGUGGCAGUUCAGGAUUCAAAGUCGCGCAACAAAAUGGCAGGAUAGUUUGGUUGUCACAUCCACACGUUCUGUUGAACAGGACGUUCUUUCACCCUCAGAGGCUGCUAGAGUGUUUGAGAGUCAAUUGGCGGAAUCUAUCUUAGAAGGGGACGGUCAACUGGCGUUUAAAAAGCUUGCAACAGCGACACUUGAGACUCUAAUGCCAAGAAUAGAAGGGAAGGGUGAAUUUGGGCAUGCUAGAUGGAGGCUUGUGUAUGCACCACAGAUCCCUAGCUUGCUUUCUGUUGAUCCAACCGUUGAUCCCCUUAAAUCCUUAGCCAGCAAUAUUUCAUUUGGUACAGAAGUCGAAGUCCAGUUGGGAAAACGCCUUCAGGCAUCUGUGGUGAGACAGAUGAAGGAUUCAGAGAUGGCAAUGCAGUGGACAUUGAUCUACCAGCUUACGAGCAGAUUACGCCUCCUUUUACAAUCGGCUCCUUCCAAGCGUAUGCUUUUUGAAUACUCCACCACAUCACAAGACUAGUUACCCGCGCUUUGUACAUUCUUUUUUUUUUAAUCAUAUGUCAUUAUUCUUUGGUUUGGAUUCAUUCUCACACCAAAACACGGGCGGGGAAAGAUUAGCAUAGAAGUAGGAACAAAGAAUUUAAAUUAUGUCAAUAGAAGCCGUGGAUUUGUACUCAAGGGUGAUGAUUUUUGGAUUUUGAUCAGAUCAGAUCAGAUCGGAUCAAAGAUAAGGUAGAAGUAGUUUGAUGAUUGCUGAGAUUUCAAAUGGAACCCGGGUUGGUCA